AUGGACCGUUCCACUUUGAUCUUAUCUAUUUUAUUCACACUCACCGCUUUGACCACGACCUUCUUCUCCCCGGUACUCGCCGGAACUUUCGACAAAGAAUUCGAUAUCACUUGGGGUGAUGGCCGUGGCAAGAUCCUGAACAACGGAGAGCUUCUCACUCUCUCUCUUGACAGAGCCUCCGGUUCUGGUUUUCAGAGCAAGAAAGAGUAUUUGUUCGGAAAAAUCGAUAUGCAGCUCAAACUCGUCCCCGGAAACUCUGCCGGAACUGUCACUGCCUAUUACUUGAAGUCACCAGGUGAUACGUGGGACGAGAUAGAUUUCGAGUUUCUUGGUAAUCUAAGUGGUGAUCCGUAUGUGAUGCACACGAAUGUGUAUACUCAAGGCAAAGGUGAUAGAGAACAACAAUUUAAUCUCUGGUUCGAUCCAACGGCUGAUUUCCACACUUACUCUGUUCUAUGGAACCCUCAUCGCAUCGUUUUCAUGGUUGAUGGAAUUCCGAUAAGACAAUUCAAGAACCUAGAGCAUAGGGGGAUUCGGUAUCCCAAAAUGCAGCCGAUGAGGCUAUACUCGAGUCUAUGGAACGCGGACCAAUGGGCUACAAGAGGAGGUCUUGUUAAGACGGACUGGUCCAAGGCACCAUUCACAGCUUCUUACAGAAACUUUAGAGCGGAUGCAUGUGUCUCGUCGGGCGGAAAAUCAUCUUGUCCCGCGAGUUCACCAAGAUGGUUCUCUCAAGGGCUUGAUCUAACGGCGGAGAGUAAGAUGAGAGUGGUGCAGAGGAAGUAUAUGGUCUAUAACUAUUGUACGGACUCCAAAAGGUUUCCGCAAGGAUUUCCAAAGGAGUGUGGUAUUCACUAG